AUGAUAUUUCGGUUUCUAAUGAGGCUAAUAGCUAAUAAUGAACAGUUGGUCAAUAGACUUAGUGAAUCUUACCCGAUGCGAAAAGCAGCACAAAUAGCCGUUAGAAUAAUGUUUUCAGGAAAAAACUUUAUAGAAGAACAAAGACUACAUGAAAAAUUAAAUCCCGAACAAUUUAGAAGUUUGAUGAGAGAUGUAGCAUCUAACUUUCAAAAUCAAAUUAAACAAGCCCAGGAUAAUAUAAGGAAGAAAAUGAAAUGA